UGCUGCUCGUUGCUAACAACCUGCUGCCUGCAACUUCGUCUGUCCACCAUCCACCCAUGCAUUAACGGGUUCCAGGUGUUUAUGGGAUGUGUGUGAGGAUGAAUCCGUGUCUCUGAGGUUCAGCUCCGUGCUGCUGCAUGCUGCUCUGCGUCUCUCUCUCUUUCUGACGCUUGGGGUUGCAGUCUGGCCUCCAGCCGGGGCUGCGAUUUAACUUAAUUUCUCAGCGUCGCCUUGCUCUCAAAUCAUGUUUAUUUUAUAAAGAUGGCGGCGAGGGGCACACUGUAAACUAAAUGACUGUCAGAAACAUCGCCUCCAUUUGUAAUAUGGGCACCAAUGCCUCUGCUCUGGAGAAAGACAUCGGCCCAGAGCAGUUCCCAAUCAAUGAACACUACUUCGGAUUGGUCAAUUUUGGAAACACAUGUUACUGUAACUCAGUGCUACAGGCUCUCUACUUCUGCCGGCCUUUCCGGGAGAACGUGCUGUCUUACAAAGCCCAGCAGAAGAAGAAGGAGAACCUGCUCACAUGCCUGGCUGACCUCUUCCACUCUAUUGCCACGCAGAAGAAGAAAGUGGGCGUCAUCCCGCCCAAGAAGUUCAUCUCCCGCCUACGGAAAGAGAACGAUCUGUUUGACAACUACAUGCAACAGGAUGCCCACGAAUUCCUCAACUACCUGCUGAACACCGUGGCCGACAUACUGCAAGAGGAGAAGAAGCAGGAGAAGCAGAACGGGCGCCUCAAGAACAACGGCACCCCCGUCACCACAGAGACAGACACGGAGAACAAGACGGAGCCCACGUGGGUUCACGAUAUCUUCCAGGGCACGCUGACCAAUGAGACGCGCUGCCUCAACUGUGAAACGGUGAGCAGCAAAGAUGAAGAUUUUCUGGAUCUUUCUGUGGAUGUGGAGCAGAACACAUCCAUAACACACUGUCUCAGGGACUUCAGUAACACAGAGACUUUGUGCAGUGAAUACAAAUACUACUGUGAGGCGUGCUGCAGCAAGCAGGAAGCACAGAAGCGGAUGCGUGUGAAGAAGCUUCCUAUGAUCCUAGCCCUGCACCUGAAGAGGUUUAAGUACAUGGAGCAGCUGCACCGCUACACCAAGCUGUCCUAUCGAGUAGUGUUCCCCCUAGAGCUCCGUCUGUUCAAUACAUCGGGGGAUGCGGUUAACCUGGAUCGCAUGUACGAUCUAGUGGCUGUGGUGGUUCACUGUGGCAGUGGUCCAAACAGAGGUCAUUACAUCACCAUAGUGAAGAGUCAUGGCUUCUGGCUGCUGUUUGACGAUGACAUUGUGGAGAAAAUUGAUGCCCAGGCCAUUGAAGAGUUUUACGGGCUUACCUCAGACAUCUCCAAGAACUCAGAGUCGGGAUAUAUCCUCUUCUACCAGUCCAGAGAGUGACUGGAGCUGCAUCAGUGACACAGGAGAGACUAAAUAGGAUUUUUUUUUAACCUUCAGCCUAACAGACUCAGACUCCCACCAUCCCCAUUCUCCAAGUCUGACCUCUCUGAUGUACGGGCCAAUCCUCUGUCCCACCCCCAUCCUCUGGGUUUUACUGCACUUCAUCCUUCUCUCUCUCUCCCUGUAAUUAGCUUCUUGCCUUUUAGUCACCUGCAUCUGGACUGCACUUUAAAACCAAAGCAAAAAUGCUUAACAGCACGACGGAAACAAAAUGGAUUCUACGUCCACAUUGAGCUCCAGAUGCUCAGUGAAGAUUUGCAAAGGUGAUUCUCCAUCAGGAACAUGAUGGGGUGAAGGGUCAGGCUGUCAAAAAUGGUGCUAUAUCAUUUCUAUGUAUAUAAGGUCUUCAUGUGUCACCCACACACUGUUAUUCCUUUAAUAUGGGCUAUUUUUCCCAUCACUGUCUAGUUCUUUGUUUAGCUUUAUGUCCAUGGUUGAUGCAUGUAAAGCGAAUGAAGUUGGAGACAAACACUGUUUAAUGCUCAUGGAGAGGUUUCAUGCAUUAUUAAUGGCUUUGAAGCAAUAUCUGAGCAUUAAUUAGAUAGAACUCAAAAGCUAAACUCCAGGUGUAAAUGCUGAUAAUGAAGAGGCCCAAUAUAGAAUCAUGUUGUGAGCUUUUUCCUGCUGUUGCAACUCCACAAUUAACAUAAAAUUCACCUGAGCCAAAUCCUCCUACACUACACAAGAAAGGAAAUCUGUUUCUCUGUCAGACUGGUCCACAUUGAAGUCAGCUGAAUCUUUAUAAUUUUUAUUCUGAACAAAAAGUCAUAUUUAUUCUAUUGUACUUAUUUAUUACUGUUAUUUGUAAUGCAGAAAGGUAGUUAACGAAGGUAUCUGUGUAAUAUUGCUCCUCUGAAGACCCUUAGUCUAAACUCUCAAUUUGAAGGACAUGGUGUAUGUAAGACACAACUUUUAUAGGACUGCACCAAAAACAAUUUGGUUUCAUCAGUUUGCAUGGUAAACACAAAUAUGAGAAGUAUAAGGUGAGAAACAACCCAGAACUGCCCAAUCUUUUGAUUGACAGGAAAUAUUGAAAACAGUGCAAUAAGAGGUGAGGUUACCCAAUGUGGAAGUUCCCAGUGAAACUGAUAUUAAUGAAAUGUAAAUGUUAGUAGUAGAUGUGUUUCUUAGCCGCUGAUUAUUUUCCAGUGCUGUGUGUUUAUGUGCUUUUUGAUAUCAAAGUAAAUUCGCCCCUUCACCACGUGAAAUGCACACUACCUGCAGGGAUGUUCUUUCAUCCCUUUGUUUUUGUAUUCUUCUUCAAAAAUGUCUUAUUUUCUCUUUUCAUGUCACAUGUUGAACUACAGCUUAGUAGUUCUGUCUUGGUUGGUCUCUGACUGAUUGUGUCGGUCAUAUGUAGUACAUUUCAAUCCUAAACUGCAUAGAAGUCAAAUUCAAUAGUGUUGAUUCAUUUGAUAUCCUUUGUAUUGUCGAUGUUUUUUCUCAGUGGUCCAGGGUUUAUACCCUGUAGUGACAUCAAACAACUUGUUUUCAUAUGAGUUACAUUCCUAUUUGCUGCACAUAAGCAGAAUUACCAUUUCAUAUCCAUAUCAUUUUAAAUUAGAGUUAGGAAAGGAUUUGUUUGCUAGUUUAGUGUCCGCCUGUUCAGGUGAGCCAGAAUUUAAAGUGAAAGUGGUGAAACUGGGUGUUGAAUGCGCUUGUUUCUUCUGUCUCUUCCAUUUAGUCUGUUAUUGGGUGAUAUCACAAACAUGUGCCAAACUGGAGUCGAUACUGACCUUGCAGUCUUUGGCAAAGCAUUAUUUUCUUUGUAAAGAUACAACUGUACAUAUAUAUUAUGUAGAAAAUACUUCUGAAAAUAGGAAAAUAUUUUUUUAAAGUGAAGAUCUUAAAAUGUAAAGACACUCAAGAUGUAAGCUUGACGCUGGCCAUCAUUGAAACCCUGUUAGGAACUACUGUGCUAUUUUACAAUCACUCGAUUGCAUAAUCAUAUUUGUGAAGAAGUCACCUUUCUUAUUAUUACUUUUUCUUGGUUGAACUGUGCCCAGAUGGGAAAUGGUAGCAGGUAUAGUCUUGACACAUUUUUAGACCCGGGUGAGAGGAAAGAGAAUUGCUGAUCUUCCAUUAACACUUAUGCACUCGUCCUCACUGAGACGUUCAGUCAUUGCACUUGGUCUGACAUAUUUUACUGUGGUAGUGUUCUGCCGAGGAGAGCUCUGGCGCAGAGAGUCCUGCAUCAGGUGGAAUAUGAUUGAGCUCAUGGGAAGGGAAAGAGGAUAUGAAUUGGAGUCUCCAUUUGGUUGUAAACUGAAAGUGCACUUUAUUAGCGAUGAGCUACAAUGCUUUAACAUGAAACACAUUUUAACACAAUAGUUUUGAGUUUGUUUUUUUCUUCUGUUCAAUAAAUGAACUCAAAUGAC